AAGGGUCAGUUUGGAUGCUUUUAGGAUCUAAAGGUGACUAGCUGUGGCAGUGUUGUUUGUGAAACAGAGCAUCUCUUCUCUUCAGAUUAACUCAACUGAUUCAACUGAGAGUCUUUGGAUUUAUGUGCUCUUACAGGCUAAAUGGCAUUAAACAAAAUUGAACAGGCACUUACCACAGGUGGCUAAACACCACACUAUCUGUGCCUGAGCUGGAUUCAGGAGCUGGGACUCAAGGCAUGGAAGAAGCGAUGGUUUGUUCUGCGCAGUGGGAGGAUGACAGGAGACCCAGAUAUUCUGGAGUAUUACAAGAAUAACCAUGCCAAGAAGCCCAUCCGCGUGAUCGAUCUGAACCUGUGUGAGCAGGUGGACGCCGGACUCACAUUCAACAAGAAGGACCUGGAGCACAGCUUCAUCUUUGACAUCAAGACUAUCGACCGGAUCUUUUACCUGGUGGCAGACACUGAAGAGGAGAUGAACAAGUGGGUGCGCUGCAUCUGUGAUAUCUGUGGCUUCAACCCCACCGAUUCGGAAGACUCCGCAAAGAACUCUCACCAAGUAAAUGUGCCAGGGGGUCUGGUGGUGGAUAUGGCCCCUAGUGGAGGGCCAGGAGGAGCCUUAGGGGCUUCUGCUCUGGCCAACCUGCCUCCUCCAUACCAGCCUGUCAGCAUCAGACCCUUGGGAUCCUCCUCCAGUCUUGAUGAGCCUCAGGACUACCUUUGGCUGCUCAACUGUGAGAGCAAGAAACCUGAGCCUAACAGGGCCCGUGGCGAAUGCUCCAAGUCUACCUCCUCUGAACCCGACUGUAAUGACAACCUCCCUUCCCACCACACACCCACCUCCUCCUCCUCCUCCAGGCACGCCUCGGUCAAUGGUUUCUUUCCUACCCAGCAUGCCCCUGGGCUCUAUGAUUCUCCUCCUUCACGUGGGCAGUCGUUGUCGGCUGACUCGCAGGGUCUUUACCUCCUGCCCCGAAGUUACUCUCAAGACACUGUGCUGCUGCCGAAGUCGGCGUCCUCCCCUCUCGGUCCUGACGGUGAGCCCGGUGAACUCUAUGUCUUUAACACGCCUGGUCGUAAACCCUCUUUUGAGGCCCAGUUGCGGAACUUGUCAGUUAGCUACGAUAUUCCACCUACACCUGGAAGUAACUGCACCUACCAGAUUCCCCGUACUGCUGGGGUGGAGGCUGUUUCAGGGGCCACAGAUGUGGUACCGCCCCCUCGUCCUCCUAAGCCUUUACUGACCACGGGAACAGUCCCACCUGAGCGGUCACCCACGGACACGUAUGUGGUGCCACGGUCAGUGUCCGAGACUGAUGGGAAUUACUGCGUGCCAUCUAGUACAGGAGGGAACAAAGCACUAAGGAGCAACACCAUUGGUACAGUGGAUUCUUCACGUCUACGUAAAGAUUACGGAUCUCAAGACUGCUAUGACAUACCCCGUCCCUUCCCCCCAGAUAAAAGUUGCUCAUUUGAUUUUAAUGAAAGCUUCAACAACUAUUUUAAAAAUAAAGGCAUGGUGCCAGUAGGAGGUGUUUCCACUGAGGAGAUGGACGAGAACUAUGUACCCAUGAGCGUCCACUCUUUGUCACAUCAGCGUUCUGGAAGCCUAUCAGAACCCAUCCAGGAGCCCAACUAUGUGCCCAUGACACCAGGCACAGUAGAGUUCUCCUCCCUCGGAAAACAGGUGCCCCCUCCAGCCCACAUGGGCUUCCGCUCCAGCCCCAAGACCCCACCUCGAAGACCAGUGCAUAUACCCGAAUGCCAACCCCCGCCCGUAGACCGCAACCUCAAACCUGACCGUAAAGGUCAGAGCCCUAAAAUAAACAGAGCAGUCGGUCUUGAGCGAACCGACUCCCAAACCAUAGGUGAAUUCUCAAGACGGCGUAAGGUUAAGCCGGCCCCUUUGGAGAUCAAGCCUCUAGCUGAGUGGGAGGAGUAUACGGCACCGGUCCGUUCCCCCGUGACCAGGUCCUUCACGAGGGACCCCUCUAGGUGUACCGCAGCCCCCAGACCGUCCUCGGGGCAUAGCACUGCCUCCAGCAGCGACUCCGACGACUGUGAUGAGAAUUAUGUAGCCAUGCAACACGCUAAUAUGUCUACAGAUGAACCAAACGUUAAGCUAGCAGCGCCAAUGAAUGCUGAUGGAGGUGGCAGUCCCAUGGUGAAGCCCAAAGGAGACAAGCAGGUGGAGUACCUGGACCUCGACUUGGACCCUGGGAAAUCAACUCCUCCUCGGAAGAAGAAGAGUAACGGGACUGGUAUUUCAGCAUCAGACGAGCGGGUAGACUAUGUGGUGGUGGAUCAGCAGCGAACACAAGCACUGAAGAGCACACGUGAGGCCUGGAGUGAUGAACGGCAGUCGACGGAGCAAGAUCCCCCCAACAAAGGGACCAAAUGACACCCAUCUCUUUCCUCUUUCCUGCACGAUCAUGACUCGUGGGAGGCCAGGGAAUGGAGGACACUGCACACGCUCUGAACCUCCUAUCAGGCCACCAUGUUUGAUUUUAGAUACAGCUGUGUGACAGCGCCUAGGUCACAGGUCCCAGAUCAGCUAGUUUACACUGCUUCCUGCUAGACGACAGCACCCAUGCAGGGGAGAGCUGACCCAAGGGAUCCUCAUGUAUAAGCUGACAGACUCCAAGUAGGAUGGACCGCACUCUGCAUAGGGGCUGAAGGACUUGCCAAGCCUUUUCGGCUGAAAGCCAAGUGAAAAAUACGCUAACAGCAGCAUUAUUCAUACUACAUGGAUACACACUGCCCCCAACUCAGACGGUUUCAGAUUUUUGGAUAUUGUUUUUCCCACAUCGUGGUGUUAAAGCACAUUAUUCCAUGGGCUAGGGGAGCAUCAGGUCUGGUGAAUUUGUCUGUACUCAAGUUGUUGUUUUUUUUUUUUUUUUUUUUUUUUUAUAAUGUUCCGUGUUCACAAAACUGCCAAGGUGAGUUUUUAGGAUGCAUUUUAUAAGCCUAAAACGUUUUAUUGUGUAUGUGUAUAGUUCCAUGAAAAUCUGAAACUUUUACACAUCUAAGUUUUUUUUUUUUUCAUUUAUUGUAUUUUUUGGGCCUCAGUUGUAAUUCAGUAGUGCAAUCAAAAGAUUUUGAGUUGCUUGAGCCGCAAAUCUGCUAAGGUGAGUUAGUUUGUUUGAAAAUGAUUAUCGUUUGCAUUUAAGACAGCAGGCAGACUGUAUAAAGUGUUAUGUACAUGAAUAAAAGUGUCCUUUAUUUGUAUCUAAAAUCUAGUAUGUUAAGGCUUAGGUGUGGAUUCUGCAGGAUAGAAGUCUACACGGUCUGAGAUGGUAUCAGAAACUAUGAAAUGUUAAUGGUGGAAUCAGGAACUGUGAUAGAGAUUUCAGAGAUUUCUCUGAAUUUUUGUGUUUUGUGUUUUUGGUUUUAUUCUCUUUUAAAUUUCUUUCAAAGCAAGGUAUCAAUUUACAUAAGCGCCGAGGUCAGGUACUCACUGAAAGGUUUAAUAGAUUUCAUUUAUUUUAUUUUGCAGCUAUAGAUGACGUCUUUAGUGUUGCAGAUUGUAUGUUCUCAUAGAAACAUUUUGAAAGUGCUUAUGAUGCAAGAUAUUACUAAGUAUGAGAUGCCUUCAUGGAGGGAAGGAAAAGCCGGUCAAGUAGUUUCAGGAAUUUUAUUAUGUUUCUUCAUUCUCUGUGUGACUGGUCUAUCAAUGCAUUUUAUUGCUACUUCGAUAAUUUAUUUCAGAUGGAGUUCCGCCGCUCUUGGAGAUUAAUUGCCUUACCAUUGCAACUUUUUUUGAAUGUUGUAAAUAUGAUCCGUUCAGUGAUUUUAGCUCACGUCAGAAUACAUCUAUUCAGAAUACAUCAGCAUAAAACUUUACUGCGUGUGUAAAAUAAAAUAGCUCUACUAACUACCAUUCUUAAGCCAAGAAGUCACUGUUGAUGUGUUGCAACACCAUUGGUGGCUUCAUCUGUAUAUAUUUCGAUACAGGCUUUUCAAGCAUGUCUUUUGAUUCAAAGCUGUGCCUAUAUUGGUUCCCUUCUACUCAAAUCGUUUUUCUUUGAGUCCUCAAACCCUGAUGCUUUAUAUCUUUUUUUUAAUGAAUCUGUAAGAAAUGUACAUUUUAAAAUAAACUCAAUAAAAGGAUACUCCAGGAGAUUACUGCUAGCAUUGCAACUAA